UACUGCGAAUAUAUGUGUUUUUCUGACUGACCAAAAACCCUCGUCCCUCUUCCUGCAACACAUUUAAUAUAUGCACAGCCAAAAAGAUGGGGAAGAUGCUUUCGAAGAUCUUCGGCAACAAGGAGAUGAGAAUAUUGAUGCUUGGACUUGACGCGGCGGGAAAGACGACGAUCCUAUACAAACUCAAACUGGGACAGUCGGUCACCACCAUCCCGACGGUGGGCUUCAACGUGGAGACCGUUACGUACAAGAACGUCAAGUUUAACGUGUGGGACGUGGGCGGUCAGGAUAAGAUCCGUCCGCUUUGGCGGCACUAUUACACCGGCACCCAAGGCUUGAUCUUCGUAGUGGACUGUGCGGAUCGUGACCGGAUCGACGAGGCUAGACAGGAGCUGCAUCGCAUUAUUAACGACCGCGAGAUGCGCGACGCAAUCAUCUUGAUCUUCGCCAACAAGCAAGACCUUCCGGACGCCAUGAAGCCGCACGAGAUCCAGGAGAAGCUGGGUUUGACUCGGAUCAGAGAUCGUAAUUGGUACGUUCAGCCGGCCUGCGCUACGACGGGCGACGGACUCUACGAAGGGCUCACCUGGCUCACGUCCAAUUACAAAUCCUAACGCGAGCGGGCGAAGACGCACGCGUGGAAACUAGAAGCAAUUAACCAAUAACUCUGGCUUCUGUCUGUAAAGUUUGGUUUUAUUCUCUGUCUUUGAUUUCGGUGACAUGUAACCCGACUUUUUCUUUCGUACACUCCUGUUGAAUGUCCAUAAAGUAUUACUUUCA